AUGGAUGUUAAGAGGGAUCCCGCGGUGGUUGUCGCAGCUGUUCAGGCCUUGGCACUUGACUGUUCUCGACUGCUCGAAUCACUUCAAGAAAUAAACCGGGGUGACAAAGAACCAUUGUACAAAUGCCAAAAUAUGUGUAAACAAUGUUUAUCAGAAAAGGCAACAUCAUCUGUUGAAACCAAAUUGCAACAGUAUGCUCAGGCUAUGCUUGAUUUCACUUUCUACACAGAGAGUAUCUUAACUGAUGAAGAAUUUCCACAAGAGAGGUGUCAGAGUCAAGUUGAAAAGCUACUGAAGCAAUUGGAAAUUCCACUGGAAUUAGCUCAGAAAGUUUUGCCACAAAAACAAAUUGCUGACAUUCUUGGAGUUGAGAUCUAUGAAUGUGUUCGGUGGCGUCAAGGAGCAUUGCUUUACAUGCUCUGUAGCAUCAUCAAUGAAGAUGACAAUCGCCGUGAAAGGAAUAAGGAUUGCUUUUUACAGAAUAUCUUGAAAGGUGUUGAGUAUCUGACUGGCAUGUUAAGUAUCCAAAGAAGCAAAAAUGCCAAUUUUAGUUGUAAUGAUGAACAAACAUACAACUUAGUAAAAGAAGGUAUUUACUCUGACACUCAUGUGCUUAAUUUGAUGUAUACAGGGGAAAUGUGUUACUGGUACUUACAGAACAUGAAUCAAAAUGCAGAAAGCAACAGUAAAGAUUCAGUAAGCCUGGCUAUGAAAGGGAAAGCGGCUUUACAGACUUACCUUCGACUAACAGAAGGUCCUUUGAAGAGUUGUGGUUGGUCAUCAGACAGAGCAAUACAGUUACUAAAUACUCCUUAUUUCUCUUGA